GUAUUUAGAACAUCUAUACAGUAUCGAUACAAGAAUCCUCUUGAUGCAGAAUGGAUAGCAAAGAAAAUUUGGAUUCCAUUGAUGCAUCAUUGAGGCAGAAAAUCAAACAGGAAUUUACUGCUAUCAAAUACUCCGAUAUUCUUCAGGAAGACAUGAUAGAAAUUCACAUUAAAUUCAUUUGGAAUACGUUAGAGAAAUUGAAAAGAAAGAAAGAACAAUUGGUAUCCGUUAUUGAUAAUUUGGUGGAGAGCAAUCUAAAGGGUGGCACAGAGAGGAUAUUGUCCUUGUUGGAGGAAAACAAAGAAAAACUUGCAACAACUACCGGUGUUUUUCCUGAAAAUGUCAGAAAUUUUCUGUCUAUUGUAUGGGUAGGAACAGACGUCUCAUGCUUGCUUUGUCAUCAGUUCGUCUGCUCAUCUGUCAUUAUCAGAAAGACAUCACGGUUAUUAGAUUUUCUAUCAGAUGUUUUCACAAGCGAGUCUGUUUUGUUUGUUAUAAAAUUUAUUUUGGGAUGUUGGCAUAACUGUCUUAGGCAUGCCUCUUCAGCAGCUCGGAUUCAUUUCAGAGAAAUUGAUUCAAAAUUAGCGAUACAGAAGACAAUACACAAGUAUGAAGAUAAUCAAAUGGUUGUGGCCAAAGGGAUAAUAGUUUUGUCAUAUCUUCUGAUUGAAAGUGAAAAAGAUGAUUCCAUUCUUGAGAAUGAGGUAUUGGGUUUCAUUAUUCAAAUUUUAAGUCAAGCAGUAGAGUCAGAGGAGAGAGUGUCUCGUCGUCACGGCAUGAGUGUCCAAGAAAUCUUACAAGGCAUCAAUAACUUGUCUGUGAAUGACAAAAAUAAAGAAGAACUGGUGAAAAGAAAAUCUUUGCCCAUUUUUGUCAAAAUUUUGAAGGAAAAACGAGAUCAAGAGGAGGUGCUACAAACUUUGACAAUUAUCUGGAGAAUUUCAUUUCUUGACCAAAAUUUCCCCAAACUCAUCUCAGAUGCGGACUUAGUCAGUGUUAUAGAGAGUCUUCAGUUUGAUAAACAUGAGAGAAUACGACACUCAGCCACCGGUGCAUUAUGGGAAAUGCGGCAACGGAAUAUGAGCAUCGAUUGUAUAAAGGAUGACCCCCGACCUCACGUGAUGAUAAGUUAUCAGUGGGAUUCCCAGAAAGUGAUGUUAAAGGUCAAAGACUUUCUGAAACAAGCUGGUUACAAAGUGUGGAUGGACGUCGAAAAUAUCAGUGGUUCCACAGUAGAGGCUAUGUCCUUGGCAAUAGAAAACGCCGCUGUGGUGCUCAUCUGUAUGUCACAAAGAUACAAAGAGAGUCCCAGCUGUAGGUCAGAAGCUGAAUAUUCCUACAAACUACGGAAAUGUGUUGUCCCUCUCCGGGUCGAGCCUCGGUACGUUCCAGACGGAUGGCUGGGAAUCAUCAUUGGCACCCGUCUAUAUUUUGACUUCACACCAGAAAAGCAAUUUGAUCACAUGAUGGAGAAUCUUAUCAAGGAAUUGGGAUCAAAAGGGCGAAUAUUUGAUAAUAUUGAUGGCAUGGUGUCAAUUAAACAGCAGAGUAAGGACAACACCGAAGAAAAGAUCAGCGGCUCAUGGACCAAAACAAGAAUGAAUGGGUGGCUGGAUAGCUGUGAUUUGUCCAAACCAUCAAAAAGGUUGUAUGAUCUUAACUUUGAGCUUCUUUCUGAACUCCGCCUCCUACAGACCAGCUCACCAGCCACGUUCUAUGACAUCCUCAGAUCCGAUCUUCUCCUAAGUGGAGUCGACGUCAUUAAGUUCUCCCAAGAACUCAGGAAACUUUCAGACAUCUGAUACAUAAAGGAACAGUGGGACGAAAUCAUGCACAUCAUUGACCUUUGCAGAGAUGAAUUAUAGCGCACCAUAUGCAUAUAUGUUUGGAUUUUGUUCUUUGUAAUAAUAGCUCGUGUAUGCAGUGGUUUGUUCUUGGAUGCCUGCACAGAGAUUGAAAUAGUUGGUUGUAAUUUUCACGUUUUUUCUCUCUCUUCUGACACGUUCGCUAUUUGAUGAAUUUGUGCAUUGAAUGAAAAUUCCGUAUAUAAUAUUUUCAAGGAAACCGAUCCCUCGCUAAUUAGAUGUAUUCACUAACUAAACAAUAUUCAAAGGGUUUAAAUAGCGUGUAAGUAUUUGUAAGUAUUAUUGCAUGCUUAAAUGACUAAUGUAUAGAAGAAUUAAUUCCAAACCCCUUCCAUCGGAUUUGCUUCCCGAUUUGCGGAAAUAUACAAACAACGCAGAUACUAAUUCGUUGGUUGCCGCCAAUGCGACCGAGGAUGAAAUAAAACAUUCAGCGUUUGACUAGACCACCCCCGAUAUCAAAAGCAACCACCCCAAAGACCACCCCCGAUAUCAAAAGCAACCACCCCCGAUAUCAAAAGCAACCACCCCAAAGACCACCCCCGAUAUCAAAAGCAACCACCCCAAAGACCACCCCCGAUAUCAAAAGCAACAGAGUACGAAUUUAUAACGUGUCGUGUGAUUGGUCCGCGAAUAAUCCCGAGACCCUUCGGAUGAUCCCGAGACUAAGCAAUGUCUUUGCGAACCAAUCACACGGCGCGUACAACAAAUUCGUACUCUGUGACCUCCUUUUUGGCUGCCAGUGGAAGAGAUGAAGCCCUGUCCGAUCAAUGCACGCAAGAUUGUGUCAAAUAAAAGAGAUGAGAUGGGUUUUGAGUUGAAGAGACUUGUAGUAUGACAUCUCCCCGACCUGCCGCUCGUCACAAUUUCUUAGGUAACGCUGUAAUUACUUGGAAAAUGUGCCCGGAAACGGGGACCCCCUGUUUGUUUACAAAUUUUUGUUUCUUACCUUGUGUAUUUUAUUAUACCGGUAGAAGGCCAAUCUUUAAAGCUUACAAAAAGCGUGAAACGAUUACAUGAAUCGAAAGAGGGAUGAGAUAGACUGGGAAUUCAUACAUUUCAGAGAAAUUAUUGCCACCAAAAAAAAAUAUGAAAAAGGGGGGGGGAUAGUAAUAUCCAUACUUCAGGUGCCUGUGAAAGCAACCACCCCAAAGACCACCACCGAUAGCAAAAGCAACCACCCCAAAGAGACCGUAAACGGGAAGAACAUGAACAAUAUCCGUAGGAGGAGACAGCAAAAUUGGCUCGAUAAGAGUUUAGUAAUUUAGUCUAUGUUCAUUCUAAAUGCCAUUUUGUAUUGCUGUUUUGUCAAUAAAGUUUGAAAUAAUUCAUAAUAAACAAAUUAUAUUUAAUGUAAAGCAUCACAUCGACCUAUGAAAUUUUAAGCAUUCCAAAUUAUUUCCAAGGAAACACAGGAAUUGUAAUGGAACAUUUUUUUUGAAAUGAAAGCAAAAGAAUUUUUUUUAGAUACUCACUAUGAAAAAAAUAAAACUAAUUUAAGAAUUUUUAAAGAACACUUUGGUGAUUUUCAAAAAAUAUAAAUGUAUGAAAUAUCAUUCAAACAUGUAAAUACACUGAUGCAAUAUGAAAGUUUAAACACAUUAUUCAAAGAAAAAUAUUGAAAGGUAACUUAUAAAUGCUUUUAGAAAUUCAAAAGUGAUUAACAUACCUGUCCAUUGAAUGUGAUUUUGUAUGUGUUUUUCAUAAGUUUAAUUCAAGUCUCAGGUCUGUUUAGGGUGCUUAUAUAUCAUUUUGUAUUGGAUCUGAAUUGAUUUAUAAAAUAUCAAAUUGACAUGGUAUGCAAAUGAAGCAAACAUGAAUAU